AUCAAAAAAUGCAUCCAAAAAAUUACAUGUCAUAAAAAGUGAAAGUAAUUUUACGAAUAUAAGACGUGGGCAAUUUCUGAAAUUUCUGUUAAUUCAGGUGAAAAAUCUAACUCAGAUCGUUUUAGGCACACUUUCUACUUUCUUAAUUUCUACAUCAAGCAAUUCAAAGGAGCUGUCUUCUUCUUCUUCUUCCUCUCUUUCUUUCUGGAUUCAUUUCACAGAUUUCUAAUCUGUCACUGCCUUUUGGGUUUCCAUCACCAGGAACUUUGUGUCUUUUUACUGCAACUUCAAUACAAAUCUAAGCUUUUUCGAUUAAAAAUAAAAUUAAAAAUAAAAUAAAAAUAAAAAAAGCUUGCUUCUUUCAUGGGUAUCUGAGCUUUUACACUUCUGGGUUUUAAUCAAAGUGUGAAUCUUGAUCAGAUUGGAUCUGCGUUUUCUUUGAUUCUGCCAUUUGUGGCGAUUUUAUUCUGGUUCUUGGAGAGUGGUAUGAGAAAUUGAUAGGUGGGUUUUUACUGGAUUGGAAGGUUCAUCAAUGGCGGCAGGUCAAGAUUUGAUUGAGCUGAAAUUCAGGCUAUUUGAUGGGACCGACAUAGGACCUCAGAAGUAUAGCCCAUCUACCACUGUACAAUCACUCAAGGAGAAAAUACUUGCACAAUGGCCUAAAGAGAAAGAAAAUGGUCCAAGGACAAUAAAUGAUUUGAAGCUUAUUAAUGCGGGAAAGAUACUGGAAAACAACAGGACACUUGCUGACUCCAGAAAUCCAGUUGGUGAACUCCCUGGAAGUCUCAUCACUAUGCACGUGGUUGUGCGCCCACCUAUUGCAGACAAAAAGAAUGCUCUUUCUGAGGAAUUCAGCAGCAAGGUAUCUUGCUUCUGGUUCCUCUCAAUUUCUUGACCUGAGCACACGUGCUAGAAUCUGGAUGUAGUCUUACGUCAAUAACUAAUUUCUCAUGCUACUUCUCGUAAGUGCAGUUUCUGAAUGACAUGACACAAUUUGUCUUUAUUUGUAUGUUUGUUCCUUAACUGAGCAAACGUGUUGUCUUUCGUAAUAGCUCCAACCAAUAAAGCAGGAUAGGCUCUUUUUCAUUUGUAUUUGUUUUGUAUGCUUGUUUUUUAACUGGGCCUCUGGUCCUUUCCCUCCCUUGUUGUAUACCUUGCCUUCUUAGUUUUUCCUGUGUGCUAUCAUUCUGCUAUUAUAUAUACUCUUCCCAGAUAAACAAUAUCCGUAGCUUUUCAAUAAUUUUUGGUAGAUGAAAUUAUGGCUAGCAGAAAAGUAUACGAAUCUUGAUAUAUAUGCGAUGCUUUGACGUUAAUGUUAUGUAAUGCUUCGAUAUAGGAUUAUGUUACCAAAAAAAAAAAGAAAAGGUUCCGG